ACAGUUCGCUGAUUUCACUACUUCUGGUGAGUCACACCGGUACUUAGUAGAGGUAUUAUAACUUGGCAAUGUGUGGUGUAAGUUGGAGGCUCAUAUUAUGUGAAUAUAGAUGAUGUACUCUCCUCGAACUCCUGACCCCGACCUACAUAUUUUUCGACAUUCUACUACAGUUAGCAACAAACAAUUAAAGAUUUUUAUCAAUUUCCAUUCAAUUAUUGGGAGUGGCUAUCUAGGGAUAUUGUAUCAAACCAAGGUUAAUGUACCCUCCUUUAACAUAACGCAAUGGAGUCGCUUUCUGACAUAGGUAGUAUUUACCCCUUUUGCAUACCGCCAUGAAGCCUACUCUCCUACUAGAAUCGGCAUUGGUGUUAUCAGUCCCAGCCGCGGCGGAUUGGCAAUUCAAAUCUCGAUCGGACCUUGCUCCCCCAAGAUUGAAUAUUACAAUCCCAGCAACUAAAGACGUUGAAAAGGGGUACCUGUUCGUCGCCCCCUUUGCUGGCUUUCCGGACACGCCUACAGAGCAGCACGGUCCCAGGCAAGCUGGCCCGUAUAUAUUCCGCGACAAUGGUGACUUAGUGUGGUCCGGAUACGGUAUCUACAGCAUCUGGUCAACCAACUUUCAAGCGGGCCGCUGGAGAGGCAAAGAUAUCCUGUUCAGCUUCGAAGGUGAUCACAAUCCGGGAUAUGGUCACGGCCACGGCCAUAUUACCAUCAUGGAUGAUCACUACGAGACGAUUCGAGAGCUUCGGGCUGGCAACCACAAGCUAGUAGAUAAGCACGAAUUUCAUAUUAUCAACGAGGAAACAGGGCUCAUCCAGAUAUAUCAGCCUGUUGCUCGCGAUCUGACGGCCUGGGGUGGGAGUGCCGAACAACAAUGGAUUGUCAAUUCAAUCAUCCAAGAACUCGAUAUCGCAACUGGUAAACUAUUAUUUGAAUGGGCAAGUCUGGACUACGUUUCCCCCAAUGAGGCAAUAUUGCCGAUCAACCCAGGCCAAGCGGGCUCUGGAUUCAACAGCUCCGAUGCCUGGGAUUACUUCCACAUCAACAGCGUUGACAAAGACUCGGAGGGUAACUAUCUCAUUUCCGCGCGCGAUGCAUGCAGCAUCCACAAGAUCAACGGCACCGACGGAAGAAUUAUCUGGAAAUUGAACGGCAAAGACAGCUCUUUCAAGGUUCCGAAAGAUGCUGAGUUUUGCUUUCAACAUCAUGCCCGAUUUAUAAGCCAAUAUGAUGAUGUUGAAAUCAUUAGCCUCUACGACAACAGCGCACAUGGAACUGAGCACAGUGGAGGAUCCGAAGUUCACACAGCUCCGACAAGCAGUGGGAAGAUCAUCAAGGUGAACACUACUUCAUGGGAAGCCGAAUUAGUGCAAGCUUUCUUUCCACCCGAUGACCUAUUAUCCAAGUCCCAGGGCUCUAUUCAGACGCUUCCAAACGGAAAUGUCCUGGUGAACUGGGGUUCUUCGGGCGCUGUGACUGAGUACCUACCCAAUGGUACAGCCAUCUUCCACUCUUACAUGGACUCUGGCUACCUUGGCCUUGGUGUUGAGAACUACCGCGCCUUUCGGUACAAUUGGACUGGUAUUCCCAACGAGGAGCCAGCUAUUGUUGCCCUGAGCGACGAAGAAGGUGUGACUGCCUACGUGAGUUGGAAUGGCGACACGGAGACCAGAACGUGGAGGUUCUACGCUAUCCUUGACGAGUUUGGUUCUAAAGAGUUCGUCGGCGAGGCGGAGAGAACGAGCUUUGAGACCUCGCUUCGAAUUCGCGAUGAAAAUGUGACUGCAAUCUCUGCCGAGGCUAUUGAUGCUAACGGCAAGUCACUCCGGCACGCCGGGAUAGCCCUCGUGGAACAAGAGGUCAAGCCAUUGGGAAAAUCAUCUCAGCCCCCUAUUGCUGAAGCGACAACUCAGAAACCGGUUUCCAACGAAAACAGUCGUUGGAAAGAGUACGGGAUUUUGAAGUACAUUCGUCUUCAGAUUGAUUAACUUUAAGCUACACUCCGUGGAGUGUCACUCUCGUCGGAAAUGAUGUAGAUGGAUCUCUUAGCCUUCCGGAUGCAAGUCAAAGAGGUAUAUUCGGAGGGCUUCCCUUUCGUCUACUAAGAGGUAAAUAGGCCAUAUUUUGGGGAGGAUUUACGCUCAUUUUCAGAUUCGUCGGAUCUUAGGUACCUACCUAAGGUAUAUACACUCGUUUCAUUGACCGCGUUAUUCGCGCUUUUUAGUGGUAAUACCUAUAUCCUCUGCCAAGAGACACAUCAAUAGCCAGCAAAUGCACUAUAACCUUGGCCCAAUUAUGUUUGAAUUAGGGUCAGCUGUAAAAUAAAUGUGGCUACACCUGUGGCCUUAUUGUCAGCUUGAGGAUACACGGUCGUAUCAUCAUCCAAUACGGCGUAGUAGUAUGGCUUGGACCCUGUGAUAUGGAUUCUCUUGGAAAACUCGUAUCAACCAAAUAGUCGCAAAGGGUGAAGCUUGGCUUGCCUUUACAAUUAUGGAAAGCCGAUUAUUCAGUAGAGAGAGUAGAUAAUUAUCGGACUCAUACAUCCGUAGAUGAGGGACGGGAGAAAGACGAAAUUCGGCACAGGUAUCAUUUGGC